GUCAAAGACAUUUCAAACAUGAACUAUUAAGAAUAUUAUCAUAAUAAAUUGCUCCAUUAUAUCCUCUGAAGAGGAACAAUGAAGAAAAAAGUUGUCAUUAAGGUUUCUAUUACUGGAAACUCCCAUCCCAUCCUGAAGAAGUUUCUUGUGGAUUUUUUGAAGCUAAAGUACCUUGCCAAAUGUUGGGGGAACAAAUCUCAAGAUUCUAGAUCCAAAGUCUUGUCAAUUGCAGCAAAAAUACCAGAGGUAGAGAAAGUAGCUAUAGAAGGGGAAGAAAAGAAUGAGCUGAUGGCGAUAGGUGAGGAAAUUGAUGCAGUAGAGUUGGUCACUAUACUUAGGAAGAAAGUAGGUUUUGCCGACAUUGUGAGUAUUGGUCCAGUUGAUGGUGAAAAGAAAGAAGGUGAUAACAAAGAAGAAAAGCAGAAAGGAGGUGAUGAUAACAAAGGCGAAGAAGUUGCAAACUCAAUAUUCCCAUUGGUCUAUGGCAGUGGAUUAAUACCCCCUUUUCAAAUUUGGGAAGUUAGAGAUCCCUAUUGCUCCAUUUUGUGAUUCGUUUAACUUGAAAUAUCAAUUAUGCAGCAAAUUGUAAAUCCAAUUUUGGACAUGGUAUUUUGUAAUGGGAGAUAUAUGCAUGUUUAGGGGCGGAGCUAGAACACAAGUUACAGGUUCAGCCGAGCCCAAUAGCUUUAAUCUAA